CGGAGGUGGUGCUCGAUACUCUUUGCUUUCUUGAUUUUGCGGUGAUUUUUGAGCUCUUGAUUUUAGGGUUAAAGAUUGAGAUUUUUGUUUGAAAAUCUGAAGUUAAUCGAACAGUAAUUGCGGAAUGUGCUUAAAGAUAUCGGCGUAUUCUUGGUCUGAAACAUUUGCCGUCCCAAUGAGCCGAUCCUCAACUCAGCUGCUCCUUCUCCUUGCGACGACGUGGAAUAGACGACGCCGACGACCGACGACGCCGACGACGCUGACCGCCGCCGAAUCCUUCACCUCCGGAUCUGCCGCCGACCGACUCAAACUCAGCGAGAUUAUCUCUUUGCUCGACCGCCGACCGACUCUAGUUUGAUUUUAUUUGCUGGAACAUGUCAUUAGAAGGACAAGGGUCUACUAAGCCGCCAACAUCAAAACCGGACGGUAAAGAUCCAUGUUAGGCAUACGGGGAGAGAGUUGGCUCCGAUACCAACAAGAUUAAAUGCAAAUAUUGCACUCAGACAUUCAAUGACGGGAUUACUGGAUUCAAAUCUCAUUUAGCCAGAAAGAGAGGGAAUUGCACACCGUGCAUAAAAGUCCCUGAUGAUGUUAAAAUAAAAGUCUCUGAAAUACUGGAGAAUGCAAAGAAGAGCAAGGAGGAUAAGGAGACAAAGAUCCAUAAUUUGUUGAGUGAAGUGCAUAUAGGGGAGGAAGAGGAGGAGCAUAACUCCUUGACUACUCGAAGCUCGUCAUCCUCUUACAAGCCAGUAGGCCCAAUGGACUCCUUUGCUGCUCGUUCUCCUGAAGAGACCGCCCAAUUAGUAGCUAAGGGCAAACAACCAUCGAUGGACUCCAAGCUAAGAAAGAAGAAAAGGGAAGAUGUUAUGCAAUACAUUUCCAAAUGGUUCUUUGAAGCUGGCAUUCCAUUUCAUACAGCCACACUUCCCUCUUUUCAUCAAAUGCUACAAGCCGUGGGGAUGUUUGGAAGUCAUUUACAAGCUUCAUCAAUGUACGAGUUGAGUGAGACUUGCUUGCAGAGAGAGGUGGAUGCAACGGAUGAGAUUGUUGAGAACUUCAAGAAGACAUGCAUUGUCAAUGGUUGUUCCCUGAUGACUGAUGCUUGGAGUGAUCGAAAGUCUAGAAGUAUCAUGAACAUAGUUGUACACUCUGCCGGGAGGGCAUGUUUUUUGUCUUCACAUGAUGCAUCGGCCGAUAAGCAUGAUGCUGACUAUAUUUGUGACUUUGUGGACAAGGCUAUUGAUGAGUUAGGGGAGGAAAAUGUGGUGCAGAUUGUCACUGAUGGAGCUUCAAAUAAUAUGGCGGCCUCUAAGAAAUUGGAGGAGAAGAGGAAAAACAUAUUUUGGACCACUUGCGCAGCGCACACCGUGAACUUGAUGUUAUGUGACAUAGCCAAGUUCAAACCCAUUCAUAAUGCCAUUACAAUGGGGAGGAGUGUAUCGGUAUUUAUAUAUAAUCAUACCAAGCCUCUUCAAUUGUUUAGAGAGUUUACUAAGGGUGAUCUUGUGAGACUGGGGGUUACAAGAUUUGCUACGGUAUUCCUCUCACUGCAAUCAUUAAGGGAUCACAAGAAAGAGAUGAGGCGGAUGUUCAUCUCUGAUCAAUGGAUGGAUUGUAGCCUUUCAAGAACAACAGCGGGCAAAAAGGUAUGUAUUUAAACUUUAAAAAUUAAAAUUGAUAGCUACAAAGUAUUCCUUUCAUCAUUUAUAUUUCAUUCAUUCUUUAAUUGU